AAAAAUAACACGAAGUUUAUUUACAAAUCCACCUUGUUGUCCAGCCAUCAUGUCUUUGGAAGAAGCGCAAUUUUGGCAAGGGAUUGGAAUAUUAAUCAAAAAUUACCAUGCCUUGAAUAAGAAGAUCUUCGGAGUGGUGAUAACUGCUGUCGAAAAGCUGCAAGACAGCCGACUGUGCGACUCCAGCGAAGAGGAACUCACGAGAUGCCUUAAAGAGGAGCCAAACAAGCGCACCUGCGGAGGAUUUAAGUUAGGAUUCAAACUACUGCCAAAGAAACUCUCUGACAACAUCUUGGGCACUGGAACUGUGGACUUUGUGAAUUGCAGUUACAAGUGCGAGUUUGCCAGCAAUAAUAUCGAGGACUUCCAUGUGCGUUUUCUUAAUGGACAGCUUGUAUUAGCUGGCUCCGAGAAGAACCCGAACUGGCUGGAGUUUGUCCUUAAGCCGAAGCUUAUGAACUGGUCGCAAUCCCAACAAGAAGAGUCAAAAGUAAAGUCCCUAAGCUUGGUGAGCGAGGAGAAGUACAAUGACCUGUACAAGAAGCUGAAGGAAAAACAUGCCCAGCGUUUGCUCCAAUAUUGGAAAACUGCACAAGAAUCAACGGACCCCCUUAAGUUUAUUUACGAGGACUUGGCUAUCGCGGCAUACCUUAUUAUUCUGUGGAGUCAUACGCAAUCAGAGCCGCAGGCUUUUGCCGAUUUGGGUUGUGGUAACGGACUACUGGUUCAUGUUUUAAACGCCGAGGGCUACAAAGGUUACGGCUACGACAUCAGGAAACGGAAGCUUUGGUCCCUCUAUCCAGAGGAUACCAAGAGUAGCCUAAUAGAAAAGACAGUGGAGCCCAACAACUUCCGCUUAGACUUCCCAGAAAUCGACUGGCUGAUCGGGAAUCACUCGGAUGAGUUAUCACCCUGGCUGCCGGUGCUAGCCGGGCGUUUAAACUGCAGCUUCUUCCUGCUGCCAUGCUGCCCAUUUGAGCUAUCGGGAGCCAAGUUCCAGAGGCGCAACACUGGCAUAAGUGCUUACCAGGACUUCUUUCACUACGUCAAAAGAGUUUCCCAAGAGUGCGGCUUUGAAAUCCUUGAAGACCGCCUUAAAAUUCCCAGCACCAAGCGACUGGCUCUGAUCGGAUUGAAAAAAACAAAGACAAGGAGCAGGGAAGAACUAGAGUGCUUCGUUCAGGAAGAAUUAACAAAAUACAAAACCGGGGAGUCACAAAUAAAGUUGCGAGGAAAGGAGGAGCUGGUUCGCAAUUGUACGCAAAUACAGAAACCCAUCAUUGACUCAUUGGUGCUGAAAAUCUUCAAGCAGUUGCUUGCUUCUCAAGAUGACAUGUGGUCAGGGCGUCUGCCCAUGAGAAAUAUCGCCCAGAGCCUUACCAAGGACGAGUUGAGAAACAUUAAAUCUGAGUGUGGCGGCAUAAAAACCCUGCUGCGGAACAAGCAUGAGGUAUUCGAGUUUUGUGGCGGCGACCUCGUAGGAAUACGGAGGCCUAAGCCACCUACUGCCUCCCAACUCACAAAAAGGAAGAGGAACUGCUUUUUCAAACUUCACCAUCCACUUUCCUGUCCUCUCUCCGACUCAGAAUGCUCUUUUAUACACUGAAAAAGUUGUAUGUUGUUUAUUGUUGUUUGGAUUAUAAUAUGAUGUAAACUGCA